GACGGCUGCUUCGGCCGCGCGGCUUCGCCUUUGCACUGCUGCAAGGCGCGGAGGCUGUCGCAGUGUCCUGGCGUGACUCCGGAGGGUCCCUGCUGCCAGCUGCGGGCAUGGUCUGGAGCAGUGGCGCCGCGCCCAGGCCUGGAGAAGGCCACGGGACAUCUGCUUCGUUUGAAGCUGCGCCUCGUCGCCUGCGCGCACGCGCGCGUCGCCGGCUCGGAGCCCGGCGCCUGCGGCCCGCGCUGCCUGGCGCUCCUCUCCUCGGAUCUGGAGGAGAUCCUGCGUAGCGGCCCCAAGGGGGAGGCAACAUCUGGCCGCUUGAGCUUCCAGGAGGAGGUUGCUGCAGCUGCAUUGUGCUUUCGGCUACUCCUCUUCCGCCGCAGCAUGCAGAAAUCUGCAGACAACUUCGGCAAGAAUCUUCCGAUGAAGUUCUUGCAAGAGUUCGCAUUCCUCUGGGAGAUGAGCCAUUUCCUGAACUGGCAACAUCUGCUGGAAUCUGGUUGGCCUGUGUUUGGUCUCUUUCGCCUCGUCGUGCAGCACUGGCCCAGAUCUGGCACGGCUGGAAACGAAACGGUGCGCCGCACACAUCGCGGCAAUGCGACAGCAUCGGUUUGUGAUGGGCCCUCGUCAAAGCUUCGUUCGUCAUUGGAGGCGAUGGGCUCCGACAUCGACGGUGAGGGACUGCGGGUUCCGGGGGUGGGCGAGCCGAAGGAGUGCGGCUGGCAGGAAUCGCUUGGGAAGCUGCUCAUGACGGCCUGGCUGAUCUACAACGCGAACUCUUACCGGUACCACAUGUACAAUGGCGAGUCCUUCGCACCGCUGGAAGACAUGCCCUUCUACGAAAUGGUGCUACACCGGUCCUGGGAGCAAAGUCUGCUGGGACUCACCGGCGACGCCUCGCAAGGGCAAAGAGGAACCGUGGAGACGACGGCGCAGCUGUUGCAGAGCCGAUGGGAUCCCUGGGAUCUUCUGAGCUCGCUGGAAGUUCUCCACCUACAUCGCUCCUGGAGGCUCUUCAAGGAAAUCCUGCCUGCGCAGCCCGUCAUUGUCGAGGCCGGUGCCAAUGACGGAAUUCACGAGGCGAUCUGGCUCCAGGAGUGGCCAACGGCACAGAUCAUGGCGUUUGAGCCAGAUCCGACAUGCUUUGCCCACCUGACGAGGAACCUCAGAGAUGUAAUGGGUCGCGCAAACCCCAACUCGAAGCUGCUGAACAUGGCCUUAUCCGGCAAAGUGGGACAGAUGGAUUUCUACCUCCGUGACGGAAAUUUUUCGACGAGCGCGGUGAACACGCUCCAUGAGCCGACGGACUGGUUCAACGAGCACUUUCCGCAGAUAAGCUGGCAGCGGGAGACCGUGAAAGUCCAGACGAUGCCAUUGGAUUCCCUGGCUUUCUAUGACGUGCAUGCUGUGGAUUUCCUCGAGCUGGAUGUGCAGUGCCAUGAGUACAACGUGCUGCAGGCCUCCAUCAAGAUCCUGCCGACCAUCACGAUCAUGCAGAUCGAGGCAUGCCUGCCCCCUGGCAUGUGCAAGGGUACGGCGCUCUACGAGGACAUCCGAACUCUGCUCACGCAACGGGGCUUCUCGUUGCUGGCCACGGAUGCGAAGCCAGACUCCCUGCUGCAUCCCCAGGAUCGCUGCUUCGAUGCUCUCUUUGUGAACCUGGCCAAGGAACCCACAGGAGCCUUGGCUGCGCUUGACGUGGCACGAGGCCUGGACGCCAGGUGA